AUGUACGUCUGCUACGGGGGAGUCCAGUUCACGACGUACCGCACAACAACACAGCUUCUCUCGCAGCUCGAUCCGCAUCGACUCCCGCAACCCGUCGAGUCGUUCAUAUCCGGUGCUUUGGGAGGCGGGAUCGCGACGGCGUCGACGUAUCCGCUUGAUUUGCUAAGGACGCGAUUCGCGGCGCAGGGGUCCGGCGAGCAGCGUGUUUACGGGUCUCUCUUUGCGUCUGUUAAGGAUAUUGCGAGGAAUGAGGGGCCCACUGGGUUCUUCCGUGGUUGCAGUGCUGCUGUGGGCCAGAUUGUGCCGUAUAUGGGGUUAUUCUUUGCGACCUAUGAGGCGCUGAGACCGACCAUGGCUACUGCGCCGGAGUUAUCUCCAAUUCCGUUGCCGCCUGGUUCUGGGGACGCUGCGGCCGGCGUGGUUGCUAGUAUCCUUGCAAAAACGGGUGUGUUCCCGCUUGACCUGGUGCGGAAACGGUUGCAGGUCCAGGGUCCCACGCGCGCGUUAUAUGUGCAUCGCAAUAUCCCCGAAUACCGUGGGGUUUUUAAUACCAUAGGCCUUAUAUUUAGGACCCAGGGCAUUCGCGGGCUAUAUCGCGGUUUAACCGUGAGUUUGGUUAAGGCUGCGCCGGCGAGUGCGGUGACCAUGUGGACUUACGAAAGGGCGUUGAAGCUUCUUCAAGAACAUGAGAUAGCUGCUGGGCGUAAUGAAUAG